AUGAGUCGACAGCAGUCCGACAGGAAGAGGCACAAGUUUCUUGUGCAUACUCUUUUCCAGAAAAGCCAUACUCUCAUCGUACUUCCGGUUGCCAAAGAGCUUAUUGCGCGCGGCCAUGAAGUCGUCUGGCUGGGGAGCCCGUCCGAGGAAUCUCGGAUUCUCGAGUCUGGGGCACGCUUCGUCGCAACCAAGGAGGUUGCAGACUCGGAUGCGAGGAUGAUGUCGAACCCCAUCUUUGAUCUGCAGGGAGUCGCGAAGGCCUUCUUCGGAGACAGGCUCGUAGCCCAAGUUGCCGACCUGCGUCGAGCACUUGCUGAUUUUCCCGCCGAUUGUCUUCUCAACGAUUUUGCUCCCCAAGGCGCUGCGGCGCUGCACGCCUUGGGGGAAGUGCCAACCUAUGCCUCCAUCACUGGAACUCCCCUUUACACUCUGGCGGGAGCCGCUAGCCAUCCACCAGCGUCAGCUAUAGGGGGCCUCCUCUGUAUGCCACAGAUGCUACUCCCACUUAUCAACUCUCAACGAGAAAGUUUGGGAUUGCCCCCCGUCAAAGACGAAGAUCUGCCAUGGCUGCAUCACAGCCCGUUCUUGCACCUGCAGGCAUCAGCUCCUCUGCUGGAGUUUGAACAGAUUGUCCCCGACACGACGCACUUCAUCGGACCUCUUGCGGGCUCAACGGCGACACAAUGGCAAGAUCCCCCGGAAUGGUGGACGGACAUUACCAUGUCGAACAGCUCGUCACGGGUCGUCAUUGGACUCACACAAGGCACCCUCGUCACCGAUCCCUCGAAGCUUAUCCUCCCUGUGUUGGACGCGCUGUUAGGGACUUCAAAUCAACUCGACCUCGACGUCUUCCUGGUAGUUGCCACUCCCUACGUAGACCUAGUCAAGUUGAACACCGGACAUACACCUCACAGCACCGGCCGCGUGCAUGUUCACAUUUCGGCAUGGGUGCCCUACGACCUGCUGUUGCCGCACUGCAAUCUGAUGGUCACCAACGGUGGCUACGGCGGUGUGAUGCAAGCACUCGAGCACGGUGUUCCUCUAAUCUGCGCGGGGACAGUGGCCGACCAUGCAGAUGUGGGCGCCAGAGUUGCGUGGGCCAAGGCUGGCUUGAGCCUGCAGACAGACGCGCCAUCAGGCGAAGAGAUCCGGGACGCAAUCGCCGAGAUUCUGGAUAACAAGAGUUACAAGGACAAUGCUUCCACAGUUGGCUCGCAGCUUAAGGGCUUGGGUGGAGCGAAGAAGGCUGCGGACCUGCUAGAGAAGCUUGCAUCACGGGCCGGUAGGAGACAAGAAUCAAACGCAUAUGUUAGUUAG